UGCCUCUGUUAAGUUAGUUCUGCCAAAUUUUCGUCACUGAAACUGAUAAAUACAACUAUACAAAUUAUAAAUAAUACGAAUAAUAAGAAUACAACAAAACUACGAAUUAAAAAGAUGGGAUUCGGGAGAUGGUUGCUCCUCUCUGGAGUCUGCCUUGUCCUGGCGACAGAAAAGUCCACCCACUCUGUCCAGUGGCGGGGCAGCUUAACAAAAAUGGAUGAAACAGGAAGAACAGCUUACAACGGGCUUGUAACCAGGGCUCAAUUCUACAAAGAUUUCGUUUACCUUUGCAUACCCAGGUUGAAACCGAAUUGUAAAGCAACUUUGGUAAGAAUGAGAUUUUCCGAUGCUCCAAUGAACGACGUGACGACGGAAAAUCCGAACAUCGAGCUAUUUCCCUCGUGGACGCCUCAGACGGAAGGCGAUUGCAGUUGUCUUCAGUCCGCAGUGGACCUUUAUCUUGAUGAGAUGAAAAUUCUGUGGGUACUCGAUGUCGGGUCUAUUAAGUUCGUUCAAUCCAAUCCGACAGAUAGAUGCUACCCAAAAGUACUCGGCAUUAACGUCGAAACAGGAAAAACAGAGCAUGUCAUCAGCCUCCAAAGCCUGAUCGAACCGAUAUCGCGUGUCCAGUUCAUCGUUGCCGAUUAUGACAAGGACGGAAAAUGUUAUUUGUACAUAAGCGAUGCCGCGACUAUGUCGAUCAUAGUUUGGGAUGUAACGAACAAAGUCGGCCAUCGGGUCAUGCUGCCAGACGAUGUUAUUUCCGAAAACGCACCAAAAGACGUCCUCUACCUCGCCCUUGUUAGAAAGGCGACUAGCACCCUCCUGUACUUCACUUAUCGAUCGGGUGAAAAAAUGUUUUUCAUAGAUACGAAAUGCCUUCGCAAGGAAGCCAGUACGGCUAAGUCUUCUGAGGUAGGAUUGAAACCCGCCAGGUUGAUCAUUCUCGGAACCGAUGGGUUGGACUGUGUAUACUUCAGGUACGAGAUCUAUCCAGAUAUAUACAAGUGGAAUACAAACACUCCUUUCUCUCAAGACAAUUUCCAACUGGUCCAUACCGGAGGUCAACUCACGCCUACUCAAGUCAUGCCAUACUACUCCUGGAACGUCAUGAUGUUGUGCGAAUCAAAUCUCUCCGAGUAUCUCAAUCCAAAUUCGAAACCAAGUGACGCAAUUAACAGUCUGACAGUAAUGCAAGUCGCAUAAUUUUUUUUACUGUUUUAUUUAUUAUUUAGUAUUAUAUAAAAUCCAUUAUUGAUGACUGACGAAAACUUAAAAGUUUAAUACAAAAAUAUCCUUAUUUUUAUUA